AUGGCACGGAAACUAAAGGAUAAUAUUCCAAUGUUACCGUCUCAGUUAAAACCACGGUUAGUUGACAGUAAAAUUGUAAGAGAGGACAUAAUGAAGAGAAGAAUUCAAUCAAAGAUUCAAUAUGAUAAAAAAGCGUCACGUCCAUUGAAAGAUUUAGCCGUCGAUGAUCGUGUUUACGUGAAGCCUAGGCAAAAGCGUAACCCUUGGAUUUAUGGGAAAGUCAUCGAAAGGCCUGAUGAAAGGUCGUGUGUUAUGCAAACGCCAUUAGGAUUAGUUCGCCGAAAUCGGAAGCAUAUCAGAAAGAUUAAAGGGGAAAGUUCAGAACAUCAAGUACGUAAUGAACAAUUCAUGGAUAUUGUUUCUUUACCGGAUAUUGAUAGUGACGUGACUAGUAGCAGCAACAACACGGUUGAUCCUGAUGAAGAAAGGGCUGGAAAUGCAGAACAGGUAUCCGGAGAAGAUCUCGUGUCACUAAGAAGAUCUGAGAGAGUUCGCAGACCACCAUUAAGGUAUCAGGACUAUACAGUAUAAUAGGAUCAAUCAUUAAAUCAUGAAAACUAUAUUGUCCUAUAUAAAUUGACUUUUGGAUUGAAGCUUUAAAUAACUGAAAAAAUAAAAAUUCUGCAUUAAUUUAGUUAGAGUUAAUGAACUUUACCUGUAAGAACAAUAUGACAAUAGUUAAUUAUUUUAACUGUUUUUUCGUAAGGAGAAAGAUGUUAAUAGUUACUUAUGUUGCAUGCUAAUUAGGUUUUAUUAUUAUAAUUAUAAGGAACAUGUUUGUGCUAUAUGCAAAUUAUCUCUAGGUAUUAUAUAAGGACCUUGCUUGUAAAUAGAUUCUUUAUGUUAUUAAACUCAUACACAACUUAACACACGACAUCUAGGGAAUAGAGCUGUUCAUAAUCAUUAUGGUCACGAACAUACAUGCACCUUGAGUCUGCGUAAUCUUGGCCGCCAUGAAUUACCCAACCGAAGGUCGUUCCUUCUACAAUUGGAUCCUCUGAGGCCCGGUUUAGACGGCGAACUUUUCAUGCGCAGAAUCUAAUUGUCGUAGAUACGGCAAAAUAUCGCCGGAAGCUGAUUUAGACGUCUAACUUAAUCACUGUACCGUACCAAAUUGCGAGGACACGAUAUUGGACAUAUUUACAAUGCAAAUAUAUGAUAAUCAUAUUAUGAUGUUAAAAAAUAAUUAUGCAUUAGGUUCGGCGCAUGAAAAGCACGGCGUCUAAAUCAAUGUCGAACCUGUGUCGCAUAUACGACUUGUCUUGUCGCAUCUUCGAGUCAUGUCGAACUUAAUCAAAACCUGUCGAACUUAAUUGAUUUAGACGCCGCUCCAGCGUCGCACUUAAUUCUUGCAUUAGAUUCGGCGCAUGAGAAGUUCGCCGUCUAAACCGGGCCUGAUUUUCCCUUGUAUACAGUACUUGACCAGUCCGUGUUUUGCAAUAGGUAGCAUCGCCCAAUAUGACAUGGAUGGGGUACUCUUCGCUUUCUGACCGAUAGAAUGUCUUCUCGCGAAGAUGCUCGCAUUUUUCCUUUAGCUCUAUGAAAGUCGGUCUUUUCACAGUUGUAAAAUCUAGCAUUUCUGCACCAGUAAUCUCGAUAUUCUCACUUAUAAUUGAUGCCAGUGUUACUUCAAACACUGGCAUCGAUGCCUUUUUGGACCCGUUUACAGUAUAAGAUGUUUCUACUCUCAUGGCGCUGCGGUGAUAGUCUUAAUUGUCGCACUGCUUCCUUCGAGAUGAAAUUUCUCCCAGAGCCCGUGUCGAGAUACACCCAAAAUGUCUUGCCCUUAAUUUUAAGUGGCACAAUAGCUGGUAAAGACUUCUCUUCAGAGGAUGGGGAAUAUCCACUUAACAUUGCGUUGUGGUUUUCUCGAUUAUUGUUUUCCUGCAGUUUAUCACAAAGGCUAGUGUGAUGUUUGCCCUUGCACUUGUAGCACCCUCUACUGCGACAUUUACUUUCGCGGUGGCCUGGUCGACCACAAUUAAAGCACAGUCGUUUUUCAACAAAGAACUGUCUACGCUUAGUCACAGAGUCAUAUGAUGUGUAUUGGUCUCCCCAGUGCUGUACUUCACAAUAAAACAGACCGGGCCCUUGCCUUUACCAUUUGUAAACUCUCCCCCCUUUUGGCUAUACCAGUUUCGCUCCCUCUUUUUUGCGUUUUUCUGCUCCUUAGUUGGUACCUCUUCUGUUUUGUUACGCUUUAACCACCCCUGUAAUGCUGAUAACAAUUGUUUCAUGUUCCAGUCUUCCCAAUCAUGAUCAUCAUCACUACGUACUAAAUCAGGCUUAACCUGGGGGAGUUUAUUUAAGGUAGAUACCACCAACCCUUUAACAUAGCUUCUUCACCCAACGUUUGCAGUGCGUCAUAGUUUAACCGCCUUUAGUCUAGUCUCUGUCCCGAAUUAGUAAGAUAUGCUCGUAUAGACUAAGACCAGGUUUAAUUUGUAAGUAAACUGUUACGGUUAAAGUUUUAUUUUGGAGGGACAAAUUUAAAAUUGCUACGUCGCAGAACACUGAUCUGAGAUCAGUCAUCUACAGGCAAUGAUUACAGUAAUUGUCUUAUCCACAAAUAUCCCAGAUUUUCAGUAUUUGAUCUCCAGAAAUAAGAGGCCAAUCUCAAGAAAUUUUCUAUCAGAUCUCCAGAUUCGUUGCUGUUGGAGGUUGGCAGGUCUGUGAAACUGACCACACCCAAAAAUGACGCUCUCGCCAUAGUGCUAUCUACCAAACCAUAAAAGCUUUGGCUACUCUGAGGUGCUUAUAUGGUUCAGAGAUGGUGCUUUUAGGGGUGGUCAUUGGUAAGUGUGAAAUGCCUAGCACUGAUAUUUCACAAGAAAAUGACCAUGCAAUACUCAUAGUCAAACGUCAAUUUGUGACUUACAAAUUCAGAUAAACAGCAGAGGACCUACAUUACCUUUUUUCCUAAAUCAUUUUUAUAGAAACACAAUUGGUGCUUAUUUAAGUAUAUUAUCACUGCUUUGCUUUAAAAUAGUUAAUACUUUGUGACCGAAAUAAUUAUUUGAAAUGUACUUGCUUCCUGCGAAUGGACGUAUUUGGCCAAAUUCUCCACUUUACUCCGCUGUUUAUCGCCAAUCUCGUUGAAAUCCUUCCAAAUAUGUACGGCAGCUCAGAUAUAAUGGUAUCAAGCACAUUUUAAACAAGUCUUAAAUAGGUUUCAAGCAGAUCCUAGCUGUUUAACCAUCCACAAGGUAAAACCACAACUUUGUCCAAUUCGGCGCCAUUUUGUCAUCCCAUGUUGGUUGUCAACAAUUCGGCCUUGUUAUUCUUCCAUCCAACCCAUUUUGAUUCCACUAAUAACAAAUUGAACCCUUUGUUAAGGGUAUCAAAAUAAAUAUGUAAACUAAAUAUAAGAAAUGCAGCAUUUUAUCACCCUGUAAAAUGUCGCUUACGAGUCUUUCUAAACAUUCCGUACAAAUCUCGCGUGCCAAAGCAACAGGGGGGAGGGUGAAUUUUGUCACGAAGAUAGAAGAAGGCUGCGUGAAACGGACUAAAAACUAAAUACAAUAAUACAAACGUUUGUUAUAUUUCUUGUAGCGACAAUAUGAAUAUGUCAUACUAUAAAUUAAAUGUUGAUUGUUGGUCUUACAACACUGCUAUUACUGCGUGCUUUUGCUUUGCUUUAAUCUUCAAAGUCUCCACCCCACCCUGUUGCUUUGGCACGCAAGAUUUGUACGGAAUGUUUUGAAGGACUCGUAUAAGCAACAUUUUACAGGGUGAUAAAAUGCUGCAUUUUUUAUAUUUUGUUUUCAUAUUUAUUUUGAUACCCUUAACAAAGGGUUCAAUUUGUUAUUAAUUAAUGAAAUCAAAAUGGCUUGGAUGAAAGAACAACAAGGCCGAAUUGUUGAACAACCGACAUGGGAUGACAAAAUGCCGCCGAAUUGGACAAAGUUGUGGUUUUACCUUGUCGAUGGUUAAACAGCUACGAUCUGCUUGAAACCUAUUUAAAACUUGUUUAAAAUGUGUUUGAUAUACCAUUAUGUCUGAGCUGCCGUACAUAUUUGGAAGGAUUUCAACGAGAAUGGCGAUAAACAGCGGAGUAAAGUGGAGAAUUUGACCAAAUACGUCCAUUUGCAGGAGGUAGGUACAUUUCAAAUUAUUAUUUCGAUCACAAGGUAUUAACUAUUUUACAGCAAAGCAGUGAUAAUAUACUUGAAUAAGUACCAAUUAUGUUUCUAUAAAAAAUAUUUAGAAAAAAGAUAAUGUAGGUCCACUGCUGUUUAUCUGAAUUUGUAAGUCACAAAUUGAUGUUUGACUACGAGUAUUGCAUGGUCAUUUUCUUGUAAAAUAUCAGUGCUAGGCAUUUCACAUUUACCAAUGACCACCCCUAAAUGUACCAUCUCUGAACCAUAUAAGCACCUCAGAAUAGCCAAAGCUUUUAUUGUUUGGUAGAUAGCACUAUGGCGAGAGCGUCGUUUUUGGGUGUGGUCAGUUUCGGACGUUUUGCCCCAGAUUGAGGUUCGGGCAACGUUACCAUGUCGACCGUCAUGGUCAACUUGCACUAAAACAAUUGACAUUAUCUGUCCUAAAUGAAAUGCAUACAAACUCAUAUACACGUCCUAGACUAUAGCGAGCUUUCGGUUUUUGAGCAAUAGCUUUUAACGGUCUGCCAUAGAUCUGAUAGCCAAAAGCUUCUCAUCAAAAACAAUUUGGUCUGAGAUCGCUUGAGCCCAAAAUUAGUUUGAAUUUUCAUUGAAAUCAAAGGACUCCUUUAAGGUGUAGACUAUACUAAAUUAUUAUAUACACAAGGUCUGGAUAUGAGGUACUCUACAAUCUGAUUGGUUCUCUACUAGCAGGAUAUUAGCUCAUAUCCUGCUAGUAGAGAAAAACAAAAUGGCGGCCAAACUGAAUUUACGAUGUUUUGCAAACGAGAAAACGGCAAGUUGUCGCUUUUUAUAGCCUUCACAGGAUUAAAAACACAAUGAAAAAAACACCCACAAAUUGUUUUCAGGUUAGCAAAUAAAUUUUUAAUAUUUAAAAUGGUUAAAAAUAUAAUUUUUGAAAAAAUAAUCGGCCGAAAGAGCGAAGAUAAAAACAUAAACAAAAUAGAAAAAUAUUGAAAAUAUUCGAAAAGCAAAGUCUGUGAAUUCAGACCUUUUGUAUAUAAUAAAACAGUUAUUCCACUCACUCUCAUCGAAUAUGAGCGAUAGCCGAUUCGGCGCUACGCGCCUCAUCGGCUAUCAGCUCAUAUUCGACUCGAGUUCGUAGAAUAACUGUUAAAUAUACCCGAAUGAAAUUGCAAUGAAUGAAAAUACUAAUAGACAACUUGCAUCUAAUACAAACAAAAUAAAAAAAAUUGCAAACUUUGCAAGGCCGCUAUAUUUUCCAAGCUUUAGCCUAUAUAAUUUUGCAACCAAAUUUUGCAAUUUUACUAAUUUUAUUAUGUUCUUUUAGCUGUGGUAUUUGACUCCCUUCUCUUUACUUAGUAUAAGACUUAUAGAUUAAAAUUUAGUCCAACAUGCAAGUUGUCCAUUAUAUAACUAAUAUAAAUCUAAUUGACAAUACAUGAUAUCUAAUUAUCUAUAGUUGCGCAAGAAACUCUUAAAUAUUUGAUAUAGUAUAUCAAUCUUAAUUCCUCACCAUGUAUAAAGGUUUAGACUGCGAGCGGUCCCUCCUUUCCAGUUAUGGUGGAAAUGCUUCUAAUAAUACGCUACAAUUACCAUUAACAAUAAAUCGACUCAUACAAGAUGCCAUACAACGAGGCCCGUUGAUGGAUGCUUACUUGCAACUUAAUAAAACGUUUUUUGAACACGUAACAUUUAGUGACAUAGUAAAAAAGCUUGAUUAUAAACCUCUCCCUCAACUAAAGAAAAGUCUAACCGGAGUGAUUAUAGUUGGACUAGCUGCAAUAAUCCAUGGUUUGACUGUCGACAAAUUUCUACAGCCAAGCAAAUGGACAAUAAUUAUGUCAGUAGAAGAACUGGCGAAUGUUCCAAACAAUAUCACUCUGCCUCUAAAUGACAAAGUAGUUUUAAUCACAAUUCAAGAGGCGAUGUUUAAAGUCUUGGAGAAAAGAUUUAACUUCAAGACUGAAGAAAUAGCGGAACAUUUAAAUACCACAAAAGAUGAAGUACAUGCGUUUUUGGAACCAGGAUGGAUCAAGGUUGUUAAUAUUAUCACGGAGAAAAGUAUUUUAGCGCUAUCAAGAAAUUACACAAUUCCACCAUUUUACAUUGCUGAAGCUCUCAACAUGUCGUUACCAGAACUUUACAACUCAACACUGCCACAGCUUGAAGAUAUACUCGUGAAUAAAAUUAACAUCAUCAAAGGUUUGUACAUGUUUUCAUCACAGCAUGCAGUAUAAUCAGCAACUAAUUUGUUUGGGUAUUUAGUUGAGUUUUGAAGGUUGAUCUUCUCUAUCAUUUUAUAUACUCGAAUGAAAUUGCAAUGAACGGAAACACUUAUCGACAACUUGCAUGUUAGACAAAUUUUUAUCUAGGAAAAAAAGUAAUACAAACAUAUACCAAAUUUGCAAACUUUGCAAUUAAGGCUAUAUUUUCCAAGCUUCAUAUCAUUUUGCAACCAAAGUUUGCAAUUUUACUAAUUUUAUUAUGUUCUUUUUAGCUGUG